AUGGCUUAUCUUGCGCAUUCUUCCUCAAAGUUACUCAACGGAAAAUCGGAUUCGGGAGGCAACAUGGCGAGGGUUGAUAGAGGAUCGGGGCGGGAAACUCGGAAGUUCCCCGCGGUAAACUAUUGAGGGUUAUCAUCGGGAAGUCGCCAUUUGUAUAUCAGAACCGGUUGCACAGAUGGAUUGAAUCAUAUUCAUUGAAACAAUCCAGAACAGUGAGGCCUUUACCUCACACCCACAAGUCAUCCCAGUCCUCAUAAAGGGCGACAAGUCACCAUGGGAAGCAUCGCCCCAGGAACAGCCACAACCCCCAUCCCUCAAACCCCAUGGAUCCAAACCCCUCUCGUCGAAUCUGCCUCUCUCUCCCGCGCAGCAGGCUGCCGCAUCUUCCUCAAACUCGAAAACGUCCAGCCAAGCGGCUCCUUCAAGUCCCGCGCCAUGGGCAACCAAAUCCUCUCACACCUGAAGAACCCAGCGCACGCAGGCCGCCCCGUGCACUUCUACGCCUCGUCCGGUGGAAACGCGGGUCUUGCUGCUGUCUGCGCAUCCAGGAGCCUGGGGUACCCGUGUACGGUUGUGUUGCCGACGAGCACGAAGCCGAUGAUGGUAGAGCGGUUGCGGACGGCGGGGGCGGUUAGCGUGGUGCAGCAUGGCGAGACGAUUUCUGAGGCAGGAGAGUUUAUGAAGGAGGUGCUUAUGAAGGAGGUUGGGGAGGGGGAGAGUGAAGAUGUGGUUAAGGUUGCGCUGCAUCCGUUUGAUAAUGAGCCGAUUUGGCAGGGGAACAGCACUAUUGUCGAUGAACUCGCCACUCAGCUUCCUGCAUCUGCGUCUGUGGAAUCUUACCACGACAGACCACUUCCCCUUGAUGCAAUCAUCUGCAGUGUUGGUGGCGGAGGCCUCCUCAACGGUUUGAUCAUGGGUCUUGAACGUGAACGCCAGAAGAAGCACCUCCCUGUUUCCAAGAAAGACAUCCACCUUCUCGCCAUUGAAACCUUAGGCACCGACUCCCUCGCCCAAGCCAUGGCUCAGAAAUCUCACAUCUCGCUCUCUAAAAUUACAUCCCAAGCUAUCUCUCUUGGCUGCGUCCGCGUUUCUGAAAAGACAUUCAACUACGCCCUCUCCCCGCCACCGGGGCUGAAAGUGCACAGCGCCGUUUUGUCAGAUGCAGACGCGGCACGUGGUUCGCUUCGUCUGGCUGAUGAUGAGCGUUUGCUCGUGGAAUUAGCAUGCGGUGUCUGCGUUGAAGCUGCCGUUGGCGAUGCCGGCAGAGCGCGUGCGGCUAUGAUCAGCAAGAAGCGGAAGAGGUCUUCAUCUGACGAAGGGUAUGGGGAUGAUCGGUCUUCUGUCGAGAAUGAGUCUGAUACGGAGUAUAGCCACUCCGCAUCUUCGUCUUUCAGUACCAAAUCCUUGCCGUCGUCGGUAUCGGGUGAGACUGGUUCAUUGCAAUCGAAGCUGAAGCAGUUGGUGCCGGACUUGAACUCCGAGAGUCGUGUGGUGAUUGUUGUUUGUGGUGGGAGUAAUGUUUCUGUUGAUGUUGCUGUGGAGUGGAGGAAAAUGUUGCGAGAGGGAUGGGGUGAGUAGUGAUUACUUUCUGUUGGCUUUUUGUUGCUUUUUCUGGGUUUAUUGGCGGGCAUUGCGUUUGAAAAUCGCGUACGAUGCAUAAUAUUUGUUUUGAUACCUUUUGUUUG